AUGGAAACCGAUGACAAUAUCCAAAGUGUGAAUAAUAAGGCACCACUGAGCAAUAGACUGCUACGCCAUACCAAUACAACGGAUGAUAUAAAGAAUCUACUUUCAUCUCCACCGGAAAGACCUAAAAAAUUUAAUAGACAGAGUUCUGUCAUUUUGGCCAAUACCGGGGAGAGGGUACAUAGAACUAUUUCAUUGACAAAUUCAAGCUAUGAGAGCUUUGAUGAGGAUAACCUUACUGAACGUGAUUCUUUAUUGCCUCAAUCUAAUAGCAAUACAAGCCAAAGGCUGAUUAGUAUAUAUUUAAAUUGGAAAUACUUGCGUCAAGUUUAUCAUAAUGAUAUCUUCAGAAGUGUAUUGAAGUGUUCUGUUGCUUACUUAAUUGCAUCCAUGGGGGUGUACUACACUCCAUUCAAUGAAUUCUUGGGACAAACUGAUUCAAAACAUCUUGUUGCAACUGUUGCUGUAUAUUUUCAUCCAUCGAGGUCGAAAGGGUCAAUGUUUCAAACGUUGAUAUUUGUUGUGAUAUCAUUGCUAUUCAGUUUCAGUGUAUCCUUUGCAUGUAGAUCCAUAGCUGGAUCUUUCUUUAAAAGUGGUGAAGAUGAAAUAUCAUAUUCAGUUGAUUUAAUUGUUAGUUCGAUUUCAUUAGGGGUAAUUGCAUUCAUGAAACAAAAGGUAAACAAGCAAACUUUUAAUACAGCAUGCUCUUUGGCAUCUAUUUCGGUGGUGGCUUGUAUUGUUAAAGAGGGCAGUUUAAAUGCGGCAGAUAUUCCGAUUGAAAGACUUCGUUCAACAGCACAUGUAGUCGUAACUGGUUGUGUUAUUACAGUGGCUAUGUGUUACUUACUUUGGCCCGUUAGUGCUGUAGAUAAACUACGCAAUAACCUCAAUGAUUCUUAUAAUAUCAUGUCUUCGCUUUUAUCAAUUAUUCCUAAUCGAAUAUUAAAUGGUGAUAAAUUUACAAAUCAAGAUGCAGAAUAUUUUAAUGCUUUGAAGAUAAAUAUAGCACAAUUAAACUCAAGCUUUGAAGAAUCUAAAUUUGAACUAAAAUUCAAAGGAAGGGAGCAGGAAUUGGCCAUAUUCGCUGAAAUAGUUAAUGUCACUAUCUCUCUAACGAGAAAUUUACAAGCAUUAAGAAGUUCUACGGAAAUGCUGUGGAAGUUAUUGCAUGAAGAAAACCUUGAACAAAAUAAUGAAAGCCAUUCAUCAACAUCUAGUUUAAAAAGCUAUGAUAAUGAAUAUAUGAGAUUAUCGAGAUCAACAGAAUAUUUAACCCAUAUCAAUACACAAGGUGUUAGUGGUGACUCGUCUAAUAUAGACUACACAGCAAUUAAUUCGACUCAGUUGUUCGACUUAUUUGUUUACUACUUGGCUCCAUCUAUGAAAUCAUUUAUCUUUACUUUAAAAGGUGUAUUAAGCGAAAUACCUUUUGAAAAUAAAUCAUCACCAAACACAUUUGUUAACACUACGAAUUAUCAGAAUUCAUUGAAGUCUGCUUUGGAAUUAUUUCACGAUAAACAGACGAAAUCAUUCGAAAAAAUAUAUGCACAAGAAAUCUUUAAGCCUCCAUCGGACUUUUUUUCUAAAGCAGACCAGGAAGAAGUAACAGCAUGCUGUGGAAACUUCUCAUCGUUGCUAAAAUUAUUUGCAGAAGAUUUGAUAGAAUUCUUACAACUAGCAGAAGAUUACGAAAAAUCAAGAAAGUCCUCAAGAACCUGGCAUUGGUUAAAAUUUUGGAGGCACCAUCCCGAGAUUAAUGCCCUGGUAAUUAACGAAAAUGCAAAUCUUGAACAUUCUCUAAAUGAAGCGCUAAUCAAUUUCCAAAACCACCUUGGGUCAGGUAAUAUCAGUCACGUAUCUAGAAGCCCUAGAGCCAUCGAAAGAUGGUCUUUCAGCUUGUGGAAGGCGUUGAAAGUAUUCCGUAGAAUUGAUGUUCAGUUUGGUAUCAGAGUUGGGCUAGGUGCUUUUUUUCUUUCCAUAUUUGCGUAUCACCCACUUACAAAGCAUACUUUCAAUCUUUGGAGAGGCGAAUGGGCUUUGACAAUUUAUUGUAUUAUGAUGAAUAAAUCAUUAGGAGGAACCACGAUGACCGUCAAGUGGAGGUUCAUUGGUACGUUUCUAGGUGCAAUUGCUGCUUAUAUUAUUUGGAUAUUGACUGAUGGUAAUGUUUAUGCGUUAUCGAUAACUGGCUUUCUCUUGUCAAUUCCAUGCUUUUACAUUAUUAUUUAUUGGAAGAAAAAUAAUGCAUUUGGGAGAUUCAUCCUAUUGACUUACAAUUUGACUGCUUUAUACUCCUAUAGUAUGACCCAAAAAGACGCGGAGGAUGGAAAUGAAGGUGGAGAUGAACCUAUUAUUGGUGAAAUUGCAUUUCACAGAUAUGUGGCUGUUUCUGUUGGUAUACUAUGGGCGCUUACUAUGGCAUCGUGCUUCUUGCCCAACAGUGCAAGAGGAAGGUUGAAGAAUGGAUUGGCCAUUUUAUGGCUAAGAAUGGGUGUUAUAUGGGAUAGCGACCCGUUAGAUUAUGUUUAUGAUCUGUCUGCAAAAGGUUCCUGUCUUAUUGGAUUGAAGGACCAGAAGGGAAUCAAUGAUUUAUUAACAGAGUGUGAAACCCUCUUGAAGCAAGCCCCUAUUGAAUUUCGCUUGAAAGGUAGUUUCCCUCGGGUCACAUACGAAAAGUUGUUGAAAUCUACGUCCACAAUUAUAGACGCAUUUCAGAAUAUGAAUCAUAUGGUUAGGGUUGAUCCCAAAUUGAGUGAGAAUGAGCAAUAUGUUUUGAAAUAUAUUGCUGCAGAACGAAGUGAAUUAGAAGAUAGAAUUUUCUUAAUUUUCUACAUGGUUGCCAGUGCCAUGAAGCUAAAUUUUCCAUUACCAGUCAAACCCGCGUCUAUGGAACAUGCAAGAGAUAGAAUGUUAUACAAAUUAAGCGAAAUACGAUCAUAUAAUGCCACUGAGUCUGAAUUAGCACUAAAAAAUGAAGACUAUUUCUUACUAUACUCCUAUACCCUAGUCACUUCCUCUAUCUCUGAAGAGUUGCAUAAAAUUGUUGAGAUCAUAAAAGAGCUUCUUGGCGAGUUGUCAGAAGACAUGUUUCAAUUUGUAUAG